GAACCCGGAAGCGAUUUCCUCGCCCGCCCCGGUAGCAGCGGGCUGGAAAACUAAGGCCUUAGAAAAUCUGGAAUCCCCUAGUUUUAGGAGAAGAUGAGGGGUAGAUGGUGCUGAGCUGCGAAGAGAUGGGAGGACAAUAAAGAGCCCGUGGGCAAGAGGUUCUCCAAGUCCAGACACCUGAGCUCUAGAGGUGCGGCGUAGGGAGCGCGGCCGAACGCGUCCGGCAAAUUCGGGUGGAGAUCAGGGUUUCCUUGUUACAGGAAGUUAGUCUCGGCGGCUGCUAAAAAGGAAAGGAGGAAUGAAAAAGCGGUGACAGUCUCCCGCCCGCAGGUGACUGUCCCACCCAGUGAGUUGAAUGUAGUGCCCUGAGAGGUGCUUGGUGCCUGCGUGGGUGAGACGAGGAGCAGCAAGAUCAGACUCCAGUGAGAAAACAGGUGGGAGGCUGGACUAUCUCCACAUCUAGUUUCUCCAGAGCAAUGGGAAAUCCAGAAAACAUAGAAGAUGUAUAUGUUGCUGUUAUUCGUCCAAAGAAUACUGCCAGUCUAAACUCCCGGGAAUAUAAGGCUAAAUCAUAUGAAAUUUUAUUGCAUGAAGUUCCCAUUGAAAGACAGAAAAAAAAGAGAAAGAAAGUUUUGUUGGAAACUAAACUUCAAGGCAACAGUGAAGUAACACAAGGCAUAUUGGAUUAUGUAGUAGAAACCACCAAACCAAUUUCUCCUGCAAACCAGGGUAUCAGAGGAAAACGAGUGGUACUACUGAAGAAAUUUCCUCUGGAUGGGGAGAAGAUAGGCAGAGAAGCAGCAUUGUAUAUUGUUCCAUCAGUCGUCAAAGAUAAUACUAAAUAUGCAUAUACUCCAGGAUGCCCUAUUUUUUACUGCUUACAAGAUAUCAUGCGAGUCUGUAGUGAGUCCAGCGCUCACUUUGCUACUCUUACAGCAAGGAUGUUAAUAGCCUUGGAUAAGUGGUUAGAUGAACGUCAUGCACAAUCUCACUUUAUUCCAGCUUUAUUCCGACCAUCUCCUCUUGAGCGAAUAAAAACUAAUGUCAUAAAUCCUGCAUAUGCUACUGAAUUAGGUCAGACAGAAAACUCACUACAUAUGGGCUAUAGUGCACUAGAAAUAAAGAGUAAAAUGUUAGCCCUAGAGAAAGCAGAUACCUGUAUUUACAACCCUUUAUUUGGAUCAGAUCUUCAAUACACAAAUCGGGUUGAUAAAGUGGUAAUUAAUCCAUACUUUGGCCUAGGAGCUCCAGACUACUCAAAAAUUCAAAUUCCCAAACAGGAAAAAUGGCAGAGAAGCAUGAGCAGUGUCACAGAAGACAAGGAACGACCAUGGGUAGAUGAUUUUCCUCUCCAUCGAAGUGCCUGUGAAGGAGAUUCAGAAUUAUUAACCCGUCUUCUCAAUGAAAAAUUUUCAGUCAACCAAUUAGAUAAUGACCACUGGGCACCCAUUCAUUAUGCAUGCUGGCUUGGAAAAGUUGAGGCUACUCGCAUAUUGCUGGAGAAAGGAAAAUGCAAUCCAAACCUUUUAAAUGGACAUCUUAGUUCUCCUCUUCAUUUUGCUGCUGGAGGAGGACAUGCUGAAAUAGUACAGAUCCUCUUAAAUCAUCCCGAAGUUGACAGACAUAUAACAGACCAACAAGGAAAAUCCCCUUUAAAUAUUUGUGAAGAAAACAAACAAAAUAAUUGGGAAGAAACUGCAAAAUUGUUGAAGGAAGCCAUUAACAAACCAUAUGAAAAAGUUCGAAUAUACAGAAUGGAUGGAUCAUACCGUUCUGUUGAACUGAAGCAUGGAAAUAAUACCACAGUACAGCAGAUAAUGGAAGGAAUGCGUCUCUCUCAAGAAACACAGCAAUAUUUCACUAUUUGGAUCUGUUCAGAAAACCUCAGCCUUCAACUCAAACCUUAUCACAAACCCUUGCAACAUGUUCGGGACUGGCCAGAGAUACUUGCUGAAUUGACUAAUUUGGAUCCCCAAAGGGAAACACCACAACUUUUCCUAAGAAGAGAUGUGAGACUUCCUUUGGAAGUUGAAAAAAAGAUUGAAGACCCACUAGCUAUUCUUAUUCUCUUUGAUGAAGCCAGAUACAAUUUAUUGAAGGGAUUUUACACAGCUCCUGAUGCCAAACUAAUAACAUUGGCAAGUCUGUUGUUGCAAAUAGUUUACGGAAAUUAUGAGAGUAAGAAACACAAGCAAGGUUUCCUAAAUGAAGAAAAUCUAAAAUCCAUUGUACCUAUUACCAAAUUGAAAAAUAAGGCACCUCACUGGACAAACCGAAUACUUCAUGAAUACAAGAAUCUUAGUACAAGUGAGGGUGUCAGUAAAGAAAUGCAUCACCUUCAGCGCAUGUUUUUACAGAAUUGUUGGGAAAUUCCUACAUAUGGAGCAGCUUUUUUCACAGGACAGAUAUUUACAAAAGCAAGCCCCAGCAAUCAUAAAGUCAUCCCUGUGUAUGUAGGAGUGAACAUAAAAGGACUUCAUCUCCUCAACAUGGAAACUAAGGCUUUACUCAUCAGUCUUAAGUAUGGCUGUUUUAUGUGGCAAUUGGGAGAUGCUGAUACAUGUUUUCAGAUCCAUAGCAUGGAAAAUAAAAUGAGUUUCAUAGUACACACAAAACAGGCUGGCCUCGUGGUAAAACUGCUAAUGAAGCUGAAUGGGCAGCUGAUGCCUCCAGAAAGAAAUUCGUGAGAGGAAAGCAACUGAUACUUAGGCCAC